AUGGGCAGGUGGUACACGUCAGGAGAUGGAGGAGGUCCAGGUGGAACACAGGAAGAGCUUCAUGGAGAAGGAGAGAAAUGGUUCUGGAUGUGUGACCCCUACUGGGAGCGGCCGGCCAAUGCAGGCAGCUGCUCCGCCGCUCGGCCCAAGACGCUUCACCUGGCCGGCCAGCAGCACACCUCAUCACCAUGGCUGCAGGCUCUGAGGAAGGAGAAGUCUCGGGAUGCGGCGAGGUCGCGGCGGGGAAAAGAGAACUUUGAGUUUUAUGAGCUGGCCAAGAUGCUGCCGCUGCCGGGCGCCAUCACCAGCCAGCUGGACAAGGCCUCCAUCAUCCGGCUCACCAUCAGCUACCUGAAGAUGAGGGACUUCGCCAACCAGGGAGACCCGCCGUGGAACCUUCGCAUCGAGGGACCGCCGCCCAACACGUCCGUCAAAGGUAGGAGCUCAAGAACCGUCAGAAUCCCAGGUUUACUUCACAGCGAACCUUUUACUGGCUUCGUAAAAAGCUCCAUCCUUCAGUCUCUGGACGGCUUCGUAUUUGCACUAAACAAGGAGGGCCGAUUCCUCUACAUCUCUGAGACCGUCUCCAUCUACCUGGGCCUGUCGCAGGUGGAGCUGACGGGCAGCAGCGUGUUCGACUACAUCCACCCCGGAGACCACGUGGAGAUGGCCGAGCAGCUCGGCAUGAAGCUGCCGCCGGGCCGAGGCAUGAGCCUGUCGCAGGGAGCCGUGAACGAAGACGGAGCUUCUUCGGCCUCGUCGUCGUCGCACUCGGAGACGCCCGAACCAGUGGAGUCCAGCAGCCCCAGCCUCCUGGCGCCCGACAACACUCUGGAACGGUCCUUCUUCAUCCGGAUGAAGUCGACGCUCACGAAGAGAGGCGUGCACAUCAAGUCCUCAGGAUAUAAGGUGAUCCACGUCACGGGCCGCCUGCGGAUCCGGAUGGCGCUGACUCACAGCCGCUCGGUGCCCAAUCAGAUCAUGGGGAUGGUGGUGGUGGCUCACGCUCUGCCGCCGCCGACCAUCAACGAGGUCCGCAUCGACUGCCAGAUGUUCGUCACCAGAGUCAACAUGGACCUCAAGAUCGUCUACUGCGAGAACAGGAUCAGCGACUACAUGGACCUGACGCCGGUGGACAUCGUGGGGAAGCGCUGCUACCAGUUCAUCCAUGCUGAGGACGUGGAGGGGAUCCGGCAGAGCCACCUGGACUUGAUGAACAAAGGCCAGUGUGUGACCAAGUACUACCGCUGGAUCCAGAAGAACGGCGGCUACAUCUGGAUCCAGUCCAGCGCCACCAUCGCCAUCAACGCCAAGAACGCCAGCGAGAAGAACAUCAUCUGGGUCAACUACGUGCUCAGUAAUCCGGAGUAUAAGGACACACCGAUGGACAUCGCUCAGCUGCCAAACCUGCCUGAGAAAACCUCCGAGUCGUCUGAAACCUCCGACUCCGAGUCCGAGUCCAAAGAAAACUCAGACAAUGAGAAGCCCGAGGGGAAGCCGGGUCAGCAGGCAGAACACAGCGAGGAUCCAGAGGCCGACAGCAAGCGUCAGCAGCAGCCCGGCCAAUCACAUUGCUCCUCCGAACAGGAAAUGAAGCGCCAGGAAGAAGGCGACAGUUCGAGUAACCCCGAGAGCCAAGACAGUGAUGACAGUCUGGAGCCGUCAGAUGGAGAAGGGGAGGAGACGGAGGAGGCCAGGGGAGGAGGUGGAGGAGGUGGAGGAGGAGGAGGAGGAGGCAGGUUGGGAAGGUUAACGGGACUGGGAGGACUGGGAACACUGGGUGCCAUCAGCGGACUGGGUAACCUGGGCGGGCUCCAUAUUAAAGUGGAGCACUACGGAGAGGGCGAGGAAGUUCAGCUGCACAACUCGCAGACGUCUUCAUCGGAGGAGGAGGAAGAAGAGGAGGAUGAGGAUGAGGAUGAGGAGGAAGACGGAGGUGCGCAGGACUGCGACAGCGCCAACGCCGGCAACAAGCUCCAAAAAAGACGGAAGAGGAGGAAAGUGCAGAAAUGGGACGGAUCACGAAGCAGGAGGCUCCGUCUGUCCUCGACCACACCGAGUCCUGUCGCGAUGGGAGACUCUACGCCACUGGUCGACCAAUCCCAGGCCUCCUCCGCCUCCUCUGCCCACCUCCUCGCCGCCUCCGGCUCCCCAAACAGUGCCGCCGCCACAUCCUCGGUUCUUAAGAUCAAGACCGAGAUGGCCGAGCCGAUCAACUUUGACAACGACAGCAGCAUCUGGAACUACCCUCCCAACAGAGAGAUUUCCAGAAACGAGUCUCCGUACAGCAUGACGUCCAAGCCGGCCGCCCCCGGUGGCCACGAGACCUUCCCCUCACCGCAGGGAGGCUCCCUGCAGGUGGCCAUCCCCGACUCCGUCUUGACGCCUCCUGGAACCGAGGGAGGAGCAGGAGCAGUGAGGAAGCCUCCCUACAACGGAAGCUCAGCCCCGUCCUCUGCUUCCAGCGCUGCUAGUCUAGCUCCUCCCUCCAGCGCCUCCUCCGCCGACCCCCUGUCGCCUCCCCUCUCAGCUUCCCCCCGAGACAAGCAGCAGGGCACUCCCACCACCUCCUCUUCCUCCUCCUGCUCGUCCUCCUCUUCGUCCUCGUCCACUUCUUCUUCGUCGCUGCUGUACUCCGGCGACCUCGAGGCGCUGCAGCGUCUGCAGGCCGGUAACGUGGUACUGCCGCUGGUGCACCGGGUCACGGGGACUCUGGCCUCCACCAGCACGACGGCUCCGCGGGUCUACACCACUGGCACCAUCAGGUACGCGCCGGCUGAUGUCACUCUGGCCAUGGCACAAGGCAACCUCCUCCCCAACGCCGCCAUGAACUUCGUUGAUGGCUCGGGGUUCGGCCUGGACCCUAAGACGCCCAUGGAGAUGCUCUACCACCACGUCCACCGGCUCAACAUGUCGGCAGCCGCGGCCGCCGGCCCGUUUGUCGGAUCUCCGGCUGCCACGGGAGGCAACGGCGCCCUGGGAGGCCAGAUGCCAACGGCGGCCAACGUUUUCACCACGGCGGAGGGACUUUUCUCGACGCUACCGUUCCCGGUGUACAGCAACGGGAUCCACACCACGCAGACGACUCUGGAGAGGAAGGAGGAUUAA